AUGUCCUGUCAGCAGAGCCAACAACAGUGCCAGCCCCCUCCCAAAUGCAAGACCCCAAAGUGCCCUCCUGCCUCUUCCUGCUGUAGCCUGGGUUCUGGGGGCUGCUGUGGUUCCAGUUCCGGGGGCUGCUGCAGCUCUGGAGGUGGCAGCUGCUGCCUGACCCACCACAAGCCCCGAUUUUCUUUCCGUCGCAGACGUCACAGCUCUGGAUGCUGCAGCAGCGGUGGCAGCAGUUGCUGUGGCAGCAGUGGUGGCAGCAGUUGCUGUGGCAGCAGCGGUGGCAGCAGUUGCUGUGGCAGCAGUUGCUGUGGUAGCAGCAGUGGCAGCAGCGGUGGCAGUGGUGGCAGCAGUUGCUGUGGCAGCAGUAGUGGAGGCAGCAGCAGUAGCAGCAGUUGCUGUGGCAACAGUGGUGGCAGCAGCGGUGGCAGCAGCAGUGGAGGCAGCAGCAGUAGCAGCAGUUGCUCUGGCAGCAGUGGUGGCAGCAGCAGUGGAGGCAGCAGUGGCGGCAGCAGCCAUCAGCAGUCUGUGGGCUCCAGCUGCUGCUCUGGAGGUUGCUGCUGA